ACGAGGCUGCACUCCUGUGAAGAUUUCUGUCUGCCGAAAACUCCCAACUGCCGCGGAUUUAACGCUCGUAUGCAGCGAUAAUGGAGGAUUUCCACAGUCCCUAAAGGAUUUUGGCUUCCACCUAGUUCGGGCCAAAAAAACGCCUCCGGCAAAAGGGAAUUCCAUACCUUCGUCUGCAUCGGGGAGUUCAUGAUGUCGUCCCGAGCAAAGCAUGACUUGUGCCGGAUAUGUGGAGGGACUCUUCAGGGAAACCAAAGGCGCUGGCUGUUCGGGGCACAACAUAGGAAAUCUCAGACCCCGAUAGAUUCUAUGCGAGGUGGAAGCCUGUCAAGGUCAACAAGGAGUAGUCCAUGGGGCAGCACUUUGUCUCUGAGUUCAUCUGGAUCGCUCUCAAAGUCGCAGUCAUCACUGAACUCGACAGCUAAAGGAAUCGAUGUGCUCGCUGUGUUGACCCACAUACUGGGCCAGUCUGUUUCUAGGGGCAGCGGGAAGGGAGAGUUUGUGUGCGGCAAAUGCAUCACCACACUGGAGCGAGUGUUCAAGUUUGACUCUGUCAUAGCCAGAGUGAAGGUGCUUUCCUCAGAGCGGCUCCAGAAACUGCUGCAUGAGCGUGAUAAGCUGCGUCAGUGGGUCCGAAACAGCUACCAGCAGAAAAAUCAUCAAGAUUUCAAGAACCGGGAAAGCGUCAGUGAUGAUGAGGCUGACGCCGUUAAAGAAGGGUACCGGGAGAUGCUCCGAGAUAACAUGUCUCUCUCAGAGUACGAGUGUUGGUCUGAGAAGUGGGACACGUGUCCGUAUUUCAUAAAAACAGGGAAAAGAUGCCGAAAAGGGAAAGGAUGUGAAGGAUGCGAUUCUCUACGUGUGUCGGACUCUGACUAUGAGUCAGUUUGUGGCAUUCCUCGCCGCUUGCCUGCCCAGUCUUUUUCCCCCUCUCCCUUGUGCCGGGACAAAUCCCAGAGUAUGCCACUCCACUGGCAGAGGGUGUCAUCCUCCUGCUCCAGUCCAACCUCGCUGGCAGGAUCCAGUUUUUCCUUCCGGGCGUCUUCCGUUGCCGAGUCUGCUCAGUCACUGGACUCUCUGGAUGGCGAAGACCCCUUUGACUCUCCGGCCGAUCAGGCGGUUCACUUUGUUCUGCACCACCUCAGAUUUACUGAAGGGAAACCUAUCAACUCACCAUCGGGGAGCAGGAUCCCAAUUCUGGCCAAGAGAGAGGGAAGAAACGUGAGCAGAGUGCUGAGCUUUGAGACCGUGGGGAAUGGAGUGGAUAAAAGUGAUGAAGAGGAUGGUGAUGUGCUUUCAGAGCUGAGGGAUGAGUUCAUGCCGCUUCAUCGAGAGAACACCUCAGGCAGAGUGCAACAUGCUGUCAGACACCUCCGAAGUCAACUGGACCAAGCUCUGGCCAAAAUUAGACACCUGGAGUUUGAACAGAAGCAUGGGAAGACUAACCUGCCAGAGGUCAAUGGCUUUGAGAGCUGGAAUCCAGAGGUCCUUGAAAAAGGUGGCAGCUCAGUUCUCCUCAGUCUCAGCCAUUCGCUGCGUAGUCGGGAACGUCUGAUCCAGGAGUGUAUGGGUCUGAUCAGGAGGCUGUGUCUGGAGGAAGGAGGAGGAGCCGAAUUGGCCGACAAACUCACUGAGAAACUGAUGGAGAAUCUGAAAGACACUCUGUCGGACAACAAGACUGUCCUUGAUCAUUUGGUCUCUGAGCUGACUGAGAAAGAGAAGAACAUGCAGAAGGAGAUCGAGUCGCUGAAGAAGGCAGGCAGAGAUCGAGAGAAGGACCUUGACAUGCUCAAUGUUGUUCUGCUGUGCAACCAGGACGUCAUCAAUGAUUUGAGAGUGACAGCCACAGAGAAGGAGCAGCUGUUGAGCAACCUGGAGAAAGAGAGGGAGGUGUGGAGCCAAAGAGACCGAGCCCAUGCUGCGGUUCUGCAGGAGAAGGAGGAGCUGAUCCAUGUUCUUAAGGAAGAGCUGCAGAGCUCCCAGAGAGAUGCUCAGGUUCUCUCCGAGUCCCUGAUUGGCCAAGCGUCGGCAGGGGGCGGGGCUGAAGCUGCUCUGGCUUCUCAGCUGAAAGAGAGGGAGAACAGAAUCACCAGUUUGUUGAAGGACAGAGAGCUCAAUGGCGCCACCAUGUGUCAGGAAGUUACCAAGUUGACCACAGUCCUGCAGGAAUACCAGGCAAUGGUGCAGACUCAGCAGGUGGGUCAGGCUCAGACUCAGUCCUCGUUGUCAGCCAAACUCCGAGACACUCAGCAGGAACUGAGGGAAAGAGAGAAGCAGAAGAAAGAGGUGGAGCGUGCCUGGCACAAUGACCGAGAGGAGCGACAGAGGGAAGAGAGGAAGCUGAGAGAUAGUCUGGACAAGAGAGACAAGCUUAUAGAGCAAAUUCUCUUGGACGCAGAAGAGCGGGACCAUUUGUUCCGAGAGCUGCAGCAGAACCUGCAGAGGAGGCACGAAGCCGUCAAACACACUCUGUGAAGAACGCUGCUGCUCAAACUUUGCACUUUUGGAACCAGCAUUUUUGUGAUGUAUUUUAUUUAUCUCCAGAUUUGGAUUGCUGUUGCAGUCCUGUAACAGUUAAAGUUCAUGACAUGGGGUCAAUGGCGAGUCAGACACUGCCUUCCUUAAAGCUCUUGCUACAUGUACCCAGCUUAGCUUUUCAGUACUUGAAUUUGAGGUGAGAUCAUAAUGCUGCUGGUCUUCAGAACGUUGACAUCGUGACAUAAUCUAUAUGUUUCAGAUUGAACUUGAUUAUAUUUCUUGAAGCAAGACGAGCUUCACAGAGGGUUGGUUGUUCAUGUAGGAGUUAAUUUGGUGCCUAAAAGCUGGUUGUUGUUGCUGUGCUCAGUGAUAAUAGGCAUUACUACUGUAGGUAACUGACAUGAAUAUUGUAGCUAACAGAUUAAUAUAAAAGCGCGGACGCCUUUUUAAAUGUAGUGUGUUCAUUAACUGAAACUGCUUUGUCCUGAUGCAUUUACAUUUUACCUUGCAGAACUGCCCAUUUUAUGUUCAGCACUGGACCAAAAACUUUAUUUAAAAGCUUUAUUCCCUUUUGUGAAUGUUUUUUCCCCCUUCUUUCUGGUGUUUAUUUUUGUGUCUGUUGAUUUAUU